UUGUCGUGGCUGUAAGGGAUACAGAAGGUGUCGCUGAAGCGAAACUGUAAACAAACAGACGAAAUGUUCCGUCGGUGUUUCCUACCAAUUUUUACAAAUGUUAGGCCCUGCAAACGGAUAUCUAAAUGUGUACACAAAAGAGCUUUAAUGACGAUAACAAAAGCUCAGAUGAAAAUAAUGAAUGGAGGAGACACUCAUAUGAAAAAGAGAACUCUGUUUACUGAGAGAGCUUCAGAUUUCCUUGAAUCUGUCUUUUCAUCAAGUGAUGUCAGUAUAUUAUCAUCAGAGGUUAAAAGUAGAGAUUUUUGCCAGUUUUACAAUAAUUUAGAGACAAAAGAUAAAAUGGUGUUUUUGUCAAUGUUAGCCAGGCAAUAUGGUUUACAUCAAGAUAUUGUAUUAGAAACUGCUAAAAAUGUUAUAGCUUCUGAGGAAAGAGGUGAUGCUGUUAUUUUGCGAGUAGAAGAAAGAUUGAGACAAUCAUUAGUCCCACAGUAUCAACAGUUAUUUAGAAAUGUCAGCAGACAUGAAGGAGGGGUUAAAUUCUUGGUUGACUUGAGGGCUGAUAUAUUAACAAAUAUUACAUCCAUAUCAAAUGAGACAGAUUCAGCCUAUCUAAGAUCAACAUCUAAUUCAGUCAGAGAUUUGUUAACAUUGUGGUUUACUGUAGGAUUCCUUAACCUGCAGAGAGUUACCUGGGAAUCACCAUGUGAUAUGGUUCAAAAGGUAUCAGAUUAUGAAGCAGUUCACCCAAUUAGAAAUUGGACAGAUUUAAAAAGAAGAGUUGGUCCAUACAGACGUUGUUUUGUAUUCACACACAGUAGUAUGCCAAGAGAACCUGUUGUAGUGUUACAUACAGCUUUAACCAACGAAAUAACCAAAAGCAUUCAUUCAAUAUUACAGACAGGUCAAUUUAAGCCAAUCAGAGAUGGUGAUGUGCCUGAAGAAGAUUUGUCAGUGAAUUCUGACACUGAGGAUUCUUCAAAAAUUACUACAGCUAUAUUUUAUUCAAUAACAUCAACACAAAAAGGUCUACAAGGGAUAGAUUUAGGAAACUAUUUAAUAAAACAAGUUGUGAGAGAAUUGCAGUCAGAAUUUCCAAGGAUAUAUCAGUUUUCUAGUCUGUCACCUAUACCAGGGUUUAAAGAAUGGUUAAUCAUGGAAAUAAAUAGAACUAUCCAUGCAGAUGAUAUUGGAGAGACAAUGGAAAAUCCUUUGUUAUUAGACAGCGAAAUUGAAAAAUUAAAGGGAGUUACCCCUUCAGACUGUUCAAAUAUGUAUGAAGCUUUAAAAAGACUGUUAACUACACAUGAAUGGGUGUCUAAAGAACACAUGUGUAAAGUUCUACACAGUAUUUUAUUAAGACUUUGUGCUAGGUAUUUGUAUGUUGAAAAAAGAAGAGGAUAUGCAUUGAAUCCUGUCGCAAAUUUUCACCUGAGUAAUGGAGCCGUACUUUGGAGGAUUAAUUGGUUAAGUGACAUGUCCAUGAGAGGUAUCAAUCAGUCAUGUGGAAUGAUGGUCAAUUAUCGUUACUUCCUAGACAAUACCACUGAAAACAGCAAACGAUACCUGGAGAACCAUCACAUUGAAGCUUCACCAGAAAUCGUAGAAUUAGGGAGUUUAAAAAAUGUGAAGAAAGAUACAGAUGAAUAGACACAUUUAUUUGUUUUCAUAGUAUAUCAAAGCUCUUUUCUAAAGAAAUAUGAGGAUUGAAAAAAAAGAUAUGUUGUGUUUCUUGUUAUGGGAACCAAAUGUUCCAUUUCUUUUUACCUUGACACAAAUGUAGGCAGUGCUAAAUAUGGUAAAAAAAUUGUUCCAAUUGUAACUUCUCUACAGUCUAGUUCUUACUGGUGACAACUCCAUUAAUUUAUGUCCAAACUUCCAGCUAAAACAUGCAGAAGAAAUAUUCAUUUCAGCCCAUUAAUUACAUUUUGAACCAAAAAGGACGAAAUGUUCAUUUGAGGAUUUUGUUUGCAUCAAAGCUUGAUUUACAGGAAAUAAUAUUUACAAAACAAUCUUCAGUAAUGAGAACCUACAUUCAUUUGACUUUUAAAUUUCAAUUUUUAUUAUAUUUUUACACAAAUAUUACACUUUCUUUGAAACUAGGGCUGUUCCAAAAUUUAUCUUGUGGGGGGAAUGGGAGGCACUCAAAUUAAUAAGAUAUAGGUGGCAUUUUCCUUAGAAUUUUGUGAGAAUUAUAAGAAAAAUGAAAAUUUUUCUUUUAUGUGUGGUAAGGGUCUUAAAAAAGUGCCUAAAAUACCCUCCCUCCCCCUCCCCAAGUGUUUAUUUUUGGAACAGCCCUUAAAGUUUGUUUUUAAUUUUAAAAAAAAUAACCUUGCUAAUGUUCAAAUUUAGAUACCUGUAUUACCAAACACAACAUUUUUUUUUCUCAGUCUUAAGAAUUGUGACUGAUAAAUUGAAAUUUUGCAGCAAUCAUCAGUUGCAAAGUGUUCAUAAAGUGUAGGACAAAUCAGAUUGUUUGUAAAAGGCAGCAGUCAUUUAAAGGUCUUCCAAAGAUUCAUGAAAUCCGUUUUUGCAAAUGUAGUCUAUAUGAAAUAUGUAUACUUUUUUAAGAGUUUAGGCUUUUAUUUAUUGUAGUUGAGUGUGAAUGUUUCAUAGCGAGAAUGUUUUUAAAAGUGUAGCACUAAACCUAUUGAAUCAUAAAUCAUAGAUUAGUCAUGUAUUCCUGACUUCAAAAGUCAUAACAGAAACUUAACAGAGUUGUGUAGAAAAUAGUCAGAAUCAUAUUUUUCUAAAUUUUUUGUGCAAUAUAUUAUAAUUAAUCAUGAGUAAGAAAAUUAUACAGAAUAAAAUUCUGUCAUUUCAGUGAGUUAUUUAAAGAUAUGUUAAGUAUUUCGGUGAUUCCUCUAAUGAAUUUUAUGUGUAAUUAGAUUUUGUUAUACAUACUAUAUAGCUCGUUACUUUUGUGUAUGUAAAAUUUAAUGUCCAAAAAAAUUGAUAUUUAGGACAACUAAAAUGUCACUACUUCAGGACAUAACUUAUGAUAAUCAAAACAUUUAGAGUCAACACAUAUGCUUUUAGAUAAAUAUUGUUGACUAGUCACCGAAUUUGGAAAACUAAGUUUUCUUUUCCAUUGGUUAUUUUGUGAAUUUGGCUCCAUUAAAAGCCCCUUCUCAAGGUUUUGAUGAAUAAGGUACUAUGAAUCAUUUCUCCAUUGCUAAACAAAUGCAAUAAACAAAUGAAAAUAUCAUCAUGUACUGUCUUUGGUUAGUGUCCUAUUGCUUAGGACUAAAGGUCAUUUCAUUGCUCUUACCCCAAAAUGAAAUAAUGUCAUGUCAUUUGUUACAUUUCCUUUGUGACCAAAAAAAGGACAUUUUUGACCAAUCGCAACGUUUUAGUGUAUGCUUUAAAAUGGGACUUGUUAAUAUCUCACAUAAAUUAUUGGGGCAUGGGGUUUGUAAGCUUGAGUAAUGAAGGUUCUUUUAUGAUCUCCUAGAUGUUGCUUGGUUAUUAUAAGUUGUGUGUUACUGUCUGUUUGAUGUAUAUAAUUAUUUUUUUUAUAUCUUUACAAAAGUCUUCAUAUGAGUAUGGUACAGAGAUGUAUUAGCAAAAAAAAAAAAAAAAAAAAAAUGCUAGAAAAAUGUUCAAGUAUAAUGAAACUUCAACAAAUUCUUCUCUCAGAUAUCUUAUUUGGUUUUUUUUUGUGUAUUUUUUUUUUAUCAAAAAUACUUUACAGUAGUAUAAGAAAUUUUAACUUUCACAUUUAUUGUAUGAUGAUUCUCUGUUUAAUUCCAAUAAAUCUAAAUACCAAUAAAAGAAUAACAAUACUUUGUUGGAAAAUAAAAAUAACCCUUUAUAAAUUUGGCCUGAAGUUCUUUCCUGUAUUUACUGUGAUCAUUUGUUCCUAUCAAUUGGGAAUGUGAUGGUAGCAAAUGCAGUUUUUCUAGUCAUACAGUGCAGAUCAAGUGAAAUGAAUACCUUCAACCUUCAAAUUAAUUAUAAACUGUGACAAGUCUUCAAACACAGUACUGUUUUUCCUAUUCUAAUGCAAUAUUAUACAAGUAAAAUGUGAAAAAAACAACAUUUUAAAUAUAUUGGAAAUGUUAACUGCAUUUGUGCACCAUUGUCAGCAAUACUGGGACUGACAAUCUUGGAUUGUUGGCAAACAUCAUCCCAAUCAAAAGUGGUGUUUCAUAUCAUAUUGUGUAAGAACACAUGUUUAGUGGAUUAAAGUAGAAUUUGUAAAUAAACAAUUUAAUUUGUAAUAAUGUCAACUAUCUUAGUUUUCAGGUAAAAAUGCAAUGCACAAACCUUUUUUUAAGAUUCAGUGCCAUAUAAUAUUUUUAUGUUCUAUUUAUAAUUUGAGAAACAUGUUUAUCAUGUACAUACUUAUAUUCUGUUUUCAAGCCAUAGGUUGAUUAAUUGUUACUGUUGUUACAUUUGUAUGUUUAAGGCUUCAUUGAGGUGAUUCAUCAGCCAUUAUAUAUCAAAAUGUUAAUGUAUUUAAUGAUAAGUUGCUGUCGAGAAAGAGUGGCAAAUAAAAAUAUCUAUGCAGUU